AUGAUGGUGGUCUCGGAUGUGGACGGGCUUCAUGUCCAGAAAGUUAAAAACAAAACUAAACUGAACUUUGAAAAAGCAGAGCAGGGCCUGGGCGAUGGUGACCCGGCCGCGCGUCUUGGGGACCCCGUCCAGGAAAAGGGGGGCUCGCGCGGCCCCUUGGGGCAGAUCGGCGCCGGGGACGGAGCGCUCGACCACCGGGGGACCCCACGGUGCCGCCGCAGGGUAAGCCGGCCGCCCGCCCCCGCCCGCCGCGGCCCUCGGGUCCCGGGGCGCCGCUCCCCGCGGGCGCGCACAAAGGCCGGCGCCCCCCCGCCGCCGCCGCCGCCCGCCCGCGUCCCCCGCGUCCCCGGCGGCGCGGCGGGCCCCAGGCGCUCGCUCGGGGCCGUCCCGGUGUGCGGCCGCCGCGCCGAGCCCUUUGUGCGCGCGGGGGCCGGGGCCCGGGGCGCGAGGGCGGCCGGCGGGGGACGGGCUGUCGGAGCCAAUCAAGCCGCCCGAGCCGCCGGCACGUCGCCGGGCCGCGCGCCCCCGCCGCCCGCGCCCAUGGAGCUGUCUGGGUUCCGGGCGCCUCCGACGAGCCUCGCGGCGCUGCUCUUGAAGCGGCCUGCGAGGGACAUGCCUCCCAGGAUGCAGUUUGGAGCAACAUGGCAGCGGCGGCGCGGCUCCCCUGCUGAAGGGGCGGCGGGACGGCCGCGCAGCUCGCCUCCCGGGACGCCGCCGAGGGCCGGGGCCGCGCGGCCCGCUCCGACGCCGCCGCCUCCGCCGCCUCGGCCGCCGCCGCCGCCCGCCCGCCGCCGCCCGCGCGCCGCGAGCAGGCCGGGCCCGACGGCCGCGCCGCCGCCGCCACCGCCGGGAGGGGAAGGCCGGGCCGGGCGCCGCCCGCCGGGAGGGGGAGGCCGGGGCCGGGCCUGCGCGGGGCCGCGCGGCGGCGGCGGCGGAGGCUCCGGGGCCCGGCGGCCGGCGCGGGGCAUGGCUGAAGCGGCCCGCGCGCGCCCGGACGCGCGGCCUCGGGGCCCCGGGGACGGCCUGCGCGGCGCGUUCGCGGCCGCGGCGGCCCGGCGCGGGGGCUCGGUCCAGCAGCCAGACAUGGAGCCCCAACGCUCCUCGCCUCUCUCGCUGCCCGGCAUCCUGCAGGAGGAGGGCCCACGCCAAGCCCCCGCUGGACUCUCCCGGGAAGCUGCCUUCCAGCCCCGCGCCCACCCCCCCAAGGAAACCCCCCCUCUGUGCCCCACCACGGCCCGCCACAGCUCCCUGCCCCAGAUCCCCAGUGCCCCCCGGAGAGACACUCUGAGCCGGAUGCCCCGCCUGCUGCCCAAGGCACCCUCCCUCCUGCACCCCGCCGCUGCCGCCCCCCUGGAGCACGACGCCCCCCCUCUCCAGCCCCCUCUGCAGCGCCCGCUGACACCCCAGGGAGAGAGCCGCUGCCCUCCCCCCGCCGCUGCCGCUCCUGAGCCAGAGCUCCCACUCCUCUCCCACCACGAGGCCCCGCUCCACUCCCCCGAGGUCCCCGACAAAGACCCCCUGACCCUCUCCCCCACGGUCCCCGAGACGGACAUGGACCCCCUGCUCCAGAGCCCGGCCCCCCCGAAGGACGCGCCUCCACCACCGCUGCCCACGGCCGAGAUCACCCGCCUGGCCGUGUGGGCCGCCGUGCAGGCCGUGGAGCGGAAGCUGGAGGCCCAGGCGCUGCGGCUGCUCAGCCUGGAGGGCCGCACGGGCACGGCGGAGAAGAAGCUGGCCGACUGCGAGAAGACGGCCGUGGAGUUCGCCAACCACCUGGAGAGCAAGUGGGUGGUGCUGGGCACCCUGCUGCAGGAGUACGGGCUGCUGCAGCGGCGCCUGGAGAACAUGGAGAACCUGCUCAAGAACAGAAACUUCUGGAUCCUGCGGCUGCCUCCCGGCAGCAACGGGGAAGUGCCCAAGACACAGAAACCAAGAGGACAGGGAGAGACAGACACCUGCAGCCCUGCUCCACCACUGGUGAAGCUUCCCCCCUGUAGGUGGGGACCAGAGGCUCGAGCCCGGGUCCUUGCGCACUGUGAUGUCCCUGUCACCUUUGACGACGUGGCUGUCCACUUCUCGGAGCAGGAGUGGAGCAACCUGUCCGAGUGGCAGAAGGAACUGUACAAGAAUGUGAUCCGAGGCAACUAUGAGUCUCUGGUGUCCAUGGACUACGCCAUCUCCAAGCCAGACCUGAUGUCGCAGAUGGAGCGCAGUGAGCGGCCGGCCACGCAGGAGCAGGAGGACUUGGAGGAGGGCGAGGCACCCACGGACCCCAGCGCCACCCACGACGGGAUCGUGAUUAAGAUCGAGGUGCAGACCAAUGACGAGGGCUCGGAGAGCCUGGAGGCGCCGGAGCCCCUGAUGGGGCAGGUGGAGGAGCACGGCUUCCAGGACUCGGAGCUGGGGGACCCGUGCGGGGAGCAGCCCGACCUGGACAUGCAGGAGCAGGAGGCCACGCUGGAGGAGUCCACCGAGGGCUCCAGCGAGUUCGGGGAGCUCAAGCAGAUGCUGGUGCAGCAGCGGAACUGCGCAGGGUCUCCGAUCUGCACAGUGACUCCAUGUGACUACGAGGACAGGAAGGAAGUGGGCUCCCAGGACAGCUACUGCGAAGGGAUCGUGAUCAAGACCGAGGAGCAGGACGACGACGACGAGGAGGAGGACGACGACGACGAGCUGCCCCCGCACCUGCAGGCCCUGGGGCGCUACGAGGCGGGCCUGUACCCGGCCCCGCUGCCCGGCGAGCUGUCCCCCGACUGCGGCGACGACAGCCCCCCGCCCCUGCCGCUGCCCCUGGCGCGGGGCCCGUCGUCGUCGAAGCGCCUGGCGCCCGCCCCGCACGGACACCCGCACGGGCACCACUCGGGCGAGCGCCACGCGGCGGCCCAGCAGCAGCGCCAGCGGCGCGGGGAGCGGCCCUUCACGUGCGUGGAGUGCGGCAAGAGCUUCCGCCUCAAGAUCAACCUCAUCAUCCACCAGCGCAACCACGUCAAGGAGGGGCCGUACGAGUGCGGCGACUGCGACGCCACCUUCCGCCACAAGCAGCAGCUGUCCCUGCACCAGCGCGGCCACCGCACGCGCUCGGCCUGCGCGUCCCCGGAGCACGCGUCGCCCUGCGGCUCCAAGCACGGGGGGCUCAAGCCGCGCCCCAAGUCGCCGAGCGGCAGUGCGGGCAGCAGCGGGGGUGGCGGCGGGGGCGGCGGCGCGGGGGGCAGCGGGGGCGGCGGCGGCAGCAGCGGCGGCGGGGGCCCCAAGCCCUACAAGUGCCCCGAGUGCGACAGCAGCUUCAGCCACAAGUCCAGCCUGACCAAGCACCAGAUCACGCACACGGGCGAGCGGCCCUACACCUGCCCCGAGUGCAAGAAGAGCUUCCGCCUGCACAUCAGCCUGGUGAUCCACCAGCGCGUGCACGCCGGCAAGCACGAGGUGUCGUUCAUCUGCAGCCUGUGCGGCAAGAGCUUCAGCCGCCCGUCGCACCUGCUGCGCCACCAGCGGACUCACACGGGCGAGCGGCCCUUCAAGUGCCCCGAGUGCGAGAAGAGCUUCAGCGAGAAGUCCAAGCUCACCAACCACUGCCGCGUGCACUCCCGCGAGCGCCCGCACGCCUGCCCCGAGUGCGGCAAGAGCUUCAUCCGCAAGCACCACCUGCUGGAGCACCGGCGCAUCCACACGGGCGAGCGGCCCUACCACUGCGCCGAGUGCGGCAAGCGCUUCACGCAGAAGCACCACCUGCUGGAGCACCAGCGCGCGCACACGGGCGAGCGGCCCUACCCCUGCACGCACUGCGCCAAGUGCUUCCGCUACAAGCAGUCGCUCAAGUACCAUCUGCGGACCCACACGGGCGAGUGAGGCCCGGGACUCGGCCCCCGCCCUGCCCCGCCCUGCCCUGCCCGCGCGCCCGCGCCCCCAGCACGCGCACCGCGCCCCCACCCGCGCCUCACACCUCCCCCCCCCAGCCCCCUGCCGUCGGCUCCCCUGCUCUGCUGGCCCCUCCACCCGCAGACUCCGACCUGGGGAAGGGGGGGCGCUCCCCGGCCGCUUGCUGUCGUGUUCACCUGUGGCCCAGCCCCGGGGUGGGGAGAGCCCGGGCCCCCCUUGGCGCGCUGUUCGUUUUUUUGGGUUUUUUUUUUUGUUUUUUUUUUUCGUGACAAUAAAAUGGAUGAAACCAGUCGCCAGGCCCCGCGGCAGUGAUUGGGCCACGCGGCGGCGGCGGCGGCGGCGGCUGGGGCGUGGAGGGUAGGUAGGUAGCGGGUGCAGGGCCGCUGAGCCUGGCUGGCCGCAGGGUGACGCUUGGGAGGCCGCGGUCAGGCGCGGAUAAGGACAGCGGUUGAUGGGGCCAGGUGGCGGAGCGCAGGUGUUACAGUGCACGAGGACCCGGGUUCGAGCCCCCGCCCCCUUCCCAUGUGCCGGGAAGCAGCUUCACUAGAGAUGAAGCAGUGCUGUAGUAGCUCUCUGUUUUUCCUGCCCCUCACAACAUCUCUCCGUCCUGCUAAAUAAAGAAAUGAAUUAAA